UUUUCAAUUUUGCAGUUAUGUCGCCUAUAUACUGUCGCGUUGACAGCAGCAGUCGAUCGUAUGCUGUGCCGCGAUAGAUCGAUGAGACGAGUUCUUUGUUCUCACAGCAUGCAAUAAUGACAAGCGAAAUUGCGCGACUCAUUGCAUCCAAGAUUCUAUCCAGCAUGAAUAUGGCAGGAAUUUCGUCAGUUCGCUGUUUAUGUUUAGCAUUUUCGUCUCUUAUCAUAAGCUCUUCAUUGAUUGACGGUGCAACUGGCAGUGCUGAUGGUACGAAAUGGAGUUCAUAUCAUGGAUACAAAGUUAUCCGAACAGAACCAGUUCCAGGGGUUAAUUUUAAUUUCGAGGACCGCGAGAUUCUUUUGAACAAGCUUGACGCCAGUGACGACCACACCAAGAACGUCUCAAUUUGGAAGAAUUCGAUGGCAACGGCCAACAUCGACUUGAUGGUUGCUCCGGACCAUUUCAAAAUUGUGGCCAGCGUUCUUGAUGAACACAAUAUGCCAUGGCGCGUGAUGAUUCCCGACGUUCACGAGCGUGUGAAACGGCAAGCAGAGUCCCCAAUGUAUUCGGAUGAGCAACAGCAAUACAGUAGUACUGAUGAAGACAAUUUCCUACCAGAUUCAUUCAGGUUGGACGAGUACCACACCGUUAAAGAGAUUUACGCAUGGAUGGAGGCAAUGGCAAAGAAGCAUCCAACCAUGAUGCGAACGAAGGACAUUGGUCUGUCCUUUGAAAAACGACCUCUGAAAAUCAUAAUCGUUGACCCUGGAAAGGCAGCAAGAAAGAUCUGGAUUGACGGUGGUAUUCACGCGCGUGAAUGGGCGUCAAUAGGCGUCGCAACUCAUUUCAUUGACUCGUUGAUAUACAAAUAUGAAGAAUACAAAGAUGUCAUUGAUCGGUACCAAUGGCACAUCAUGCCGGUCAUGAACGUUGAUGGUUACGCUUACGCCAAGAGCACAGAUCGAUUGUGGCGAAAAACAAGGUCGAUGACGGACUCGGUUUUUGGCUGUCGUGGAGUAGAUGCGAACAGGAACUGGAACUUCAGAUGGAGACUUGGCGCCAAGAAAGACCCCUGCAGCGGAUUGUACGCUGGUCAGUAUCCGGAAUCCGAGAAAUGCGUUCAAGCUGUCGGUAAAUACGUGAAAACGAUGAGUUCCAUGGGGAAUGUGGUGGCCUUCAUCACCCUGCAUUCCUACGGCCAGCUCUGGAUGUCGCCUUGGGGAUAUGCUUCUCUCUACCCGCCAAAUUAUGAAAACCUUCUUGCUCCAGUAACGAACCGGAAAAUAAGUCCAGCGUCAGGUUCGUCGGAUGACUGGGCUUUCGCAGUGGCGAACAUCCCGUUCGUCUACACAGUGGAGCUGCGAGACACCGGGGAACACGGGUUCUUGCUACCACCUGACCAAAUCAAGCCCACCGGCGAAGAAAUAUUUUCCGGGAUUUUAGCAGCGGCCGAGGAAAUAUCAAACAUCCUUGAUGGCGAUUUACUAGGACCAGCGAAGUCCAACAGCAGUGCUGAAAACAUGGAUGAUCCGCAGGAAUACGACUGAAUCGGCACGCGAAUUCAACGAAUCCAUCGCUCACCAUCAUCAUUGUGACCUUCUCUGCCUCUUUUAUGCACACCACAAAAAGAAAGAUAACCCCAAAAGAAGAACCUGGAGUCUGUGAAAUUAAUCAACUUCUCGGAUUUUAUUGGAUAUUUCCGAAAGCGUCAAAUUUUUCGUCCGUCAGAGACUGACCUCAGUAUACUGUACUGAGUAUAUACAGUAUAUAAUAUAUACAGCAUACCGUAUAUAUUACUCGUCUGUAGAAUUAAUUUCGUCUCGCGGAAAUGGCGAAUACAGGAUACGAAAAUCAAUUAAGCAGGCUUCUGUGGUGUGGUCACUCCAUAAGCUCAUGAAACACAGCGUGCCGAAUAAAAAAGAAUUUAACUUUCCCUUGA